GCGGGGAAGAUAGACAGACGGGGUACAUCAAGAUGGAAGAGCCCAAGGUAGAAGCUGCGGAGAGGGAGAUGGAAGUAUCAUCUCUUGCCCAGCUGGUUCUGGACAUCAGUUGCUCCUUCCUGCAGAUCGGCAAGUCCACGCGGUUGACAGGGGACGACGGCGACUUUUACGCGGUCGAGGCGGAAGCGUUGGGGUUGGAAGUAGAUGUAUUGCGACAAUUCAUCCAAGAGUCGCACUUGCGUGUGCUGCGUGUAUUGCGGCGCGACAGCGGGGACGGCGUGAAGCUGUCCCUCGAAAGCGGUGAGAAAGACAAGCCGAAGGCGAAGCGGCAGAAAGUGCCGACGUUUUGUCUCAUCAAGACAUUGAAAACGCGCGAAAAACUCACGCAGGGGGCGCCGCUGAACUCGCAGCUCCAGCUGGUGACGCUGGGCACGGAGGACAUUGGGACGUUGGUGACGUUCGUGCAGCACUCGUUUGCCCCGCUCUUGCAGGCGCAAGAAGGUCACGAAGACGACACCGGCAUGUCGAGCCAAAACAAGCGCAUGCCACUGAUCCGAAAACGAUUGAAGGAAUUGGAGGUGGCGAUGGUGCAGUUCCAGAACAACGUCGAAAUCCCGGACGUGGACCUGAAGAUCCACCCCGACAUCCAGGUCGCUGCGGACGCGUGGCGCAACUCCAAGCAAACGGGGAGCAUCGACGUGGACGCACUGGGGUUCACGGACCGUUUGAACGACACGGGGUUUCUCAACGAGAUCCAGGCGGGGGUGAAUCGGUGGAUCAAGGAGAUCCAAAAGGUCACGACGUUGGUACACGAGCCCGUGGCGACGUCGGCGACGCAAGAAGUCAACUUUUGGUGCGAUUUGCACCGCGCGCUUUUAGCGACCCAGACGAAGUUGACGUCGGCCGAGGUGGAAAUCACGCUUGCAAUCCUCAAGCAAGCCAAGCGGUACCUGGUCACGGUAACGUUUGCCGCGGACCACGGCCUCGGCGGCGCGCUCAAGACCGUGGCCAGCGUCAUGAACUUGAUGAAGGACUUCAGUUUGCACGCGAUUCUGUCGGCCACGGAUAUCCCCCAGAUCACCGUGGGCAUCAACGCCGUGUACGCGCAGCUGAAAAAGGUGCGGCUCGCAGACGAGUACAAGCUGAGUCGCGUGCUAUCGCUCGUGGAGCUCGUGUCCACCGACGUCAGCGUCCAGCUCUCGACGGUUCUGCGCACGACCAACUUGUUCCAGAUCGCCUUUGACCAGUUUGACGCGAUCGCCACGCACUGCCACGACCUGUUUCUGACGUGGCACCGCCAGCACCACGCAUUCCACGAACUGGUCAAAGACUUGAGCAAGCGGCGCGGCACGGCCGCCACCGACAAGGUGCGGUCGCUUGCCGAGAUGCAGCUCGACCAUUUGGCCAUCGAAGAGCGCAUGAAGGACCUCCACGAGUUCCGACAACAGCACGACCGGCUGCGCGUGGUGAUCCACCGCGUUUUGGCCAAGACACCAGAUGCGGCGACCUCGGAAGACAUGCUCGGCGACAUCCACGGCGCGUACAUGCAGUGCACGUCGUCCGUGGACGUGUUUGAUGUGAGCGUGGACGGGUCGGAUGCAUGGAAGCAGGCGCGCAAGACAUAUGAUUUAUGCAUCGACCGGGUCGAAGGCAGCAUCAUCCACAGCCUCACCUCGCGGCUCCACAGCACGUCCACGGCAGACGACAUGUUCCGCGUCUUCUCCAAGUACAACCCUCUGUUUUUCCGGCCCCGGAUCCGCCAAGCCGUGCAGCAGUUUCAGAUGCGAUUGAUUGAAAACGUCAAGGAAGACGUGACCGACCUCCAAGCCAAGUUUCGCGCGCAUUACACGUACUCGGAGGCGUCGCGGAUGAGUAAACUGCGCGAUAUCCCGCCCAUCGCUGGCGCCGUCAUGUGGAGCAAGCAGAUCGAGCGCAAGCUGCACAUGCUUUUGUCUCGUGUUGAAAGCGUGCUGGGCAAAGGAUGGGAGCAGCACGUCGAAGGCAAAGCGCUCAAGCAAGUGUCGGACGCGUUCCUGACCAAGUUGGACGCACAGGUGAUCUUUGACCACUGGGUCCAAGAGCUUGUAUCUGUGCCUACGUUUGAUGUGCGCAACAUCGUGCUGAAUAUCGUGUCGAAACAGCACCAGCAACCUUUGCCAGCCACUUUAGAACACGACGACGGAGUCGACCGAGAUCUGAGCGUAGCGUUCAACCACCAGAUUGUAACCUUGUUCAAAGAAGUUCGCAACCUGGAAUGGCUCGGGUACCGCGUGCCGUUUACACUCAAGAUGAUCGCAGAAGACGCCAAGGACAAAUACCCCCACGCCAUGUCGCUAGACGCAAGCUUGAAAGCGUACGCGAGUGUUUGCAAACGCAUCAAACCGGCAUUCGAAACACUCUGUGCGUCGUUUGUACGCCAAGUACGCACGACGAUCGCCAAGACAUUUACCAAGGACAAUGAGAUUCGAUGGCACGCCGAUCACUUGGCCGAGUACGCGCUGGAUUUAGCGACCAAGGUCGAAUUGCUCUGCGACAAGGUGGACGAGUUGGGCCGCAAGCAGCUCGAGAUUGAAUCCCACGUCGAUGCCAUGCGCCGCACAGGAGGCGACCCGUCGCUUCAAGCGUCGCUGGAACGCAUCCAGGCCACCGUGGACGAGCUCAACCUGGCAGGGUACUCGAACCUGCCCGUGUUUGUCAAGCAGCUCAACCACACGAUCGGCACGGUCUUGGCCGAGCGACUCGAGCGCGAGCUGCGACACUGGGUGUACGCGUUCACCACCGACAGUCAUCCCGUGGACCACGACCACUUUAAUAACGUUGUCACAGCCCACCAAGUGCUGCUGCAGAACCAACAGCUCGUGCUACAACCAUCCGUGGACCAAGCGCGGUCGCAAUGGCUCGCGCAGCUGGAGCGAAUGGUCGCAGCCGUGUGCACUUUGGACAAGAUCAACAGCGCAACGUACGACGCAUUCAACAAGCCAGCAGCGGCCAGCGCAUCAUCUUCGCCCGUCCGCCGCCGGCAAAAACGCAAAGAUCAGUGCUUCCAAGACGUGUUGGCGUUGCUACCGCGGGGGUUGUUACUCGAGGCAUAUGAAACGCUGCUGCACAAGCUGCACUUGAUGGACCAGUACGUGCAUACGUGGCUGCAGUACCAAGCGCUGUGGGAUAUGGACGCGCAGCGGGUGAUUGCAAGCGUGGGCGACCAAGACCUUGCCAAGUGGGAGCAACUGGUCGUGGAGAUCAAGCGCGAACGCACGAUGUUCGACUCGGUGGCGACCACCAAGUGCUUUGGCCCCAUGAGCGUCCACUUUCACCAAGUCCAAGCCCAAGUGAACGUCAAGUACGACCUAUGGCACACGGAGUUUUUGACGUUCUUUGGCGAUAUGCUGAGCGCGCACAUUGCCGCGUUCUACGCCCAAGUGUCGACGAAGCGCACGACGUUGGAGCAGCAUACCCUCGAGGCGGCCACGUCCCACGUCGUUGCGACCGUGACCAUGGUGCAAGACCUGCGCGCGCACGCGGUGACGUGGCAGCACCAGAUGGACGCGUUCAGUAGCGGCGAAAAGGUGCUGAAACGGCAGCGGUUCAAGUUCCCGUCGACGUGGCCCGAGCUGGGCAACGUCCAAGGUGAGUGGGCGGCGUUCUUGCAGCUGCUCCAGCGCAAGACGGACGCGAUGGAGAGCCAGCUGCCGCAGCUGCAGGCCAAGAUCAUCGACGAACACGCGAGUCUCGUGGCCAAGAUCCACGCGACGAUCGCCGACUGGGACGCAUCCAAGCCGCUCCAAGGGGGCGUCGUGGCUCCGAAAGUGGCUCUAGAACGCCUUGUGGUGUUUGACUCUCGACUGGCGUUGCUCGCCCACGAAAGCCAGCAGAUGGACGCCGCGCGCCGAGCGCUCAACCUCGUGGGUGGUCGGCAACAUGACGACAACAUGAUGACCGACGACAAGACUGGUUUGCAGCGCACGAUGGACGAGUUGACGGGGCUGCGCGAAGUGUGGGAGCAGCUCGCGGCCGUAUCUGCCCGACUGGACGAGCUAAAGGACACGCUAUGGAGCGCCAUCCAGCCGCGAAAGCUGCGCAAACACUUGGACGAUGUGCUGGACAUGCUCAAAGCGUUCCCGGCGCGCAUGCAGCAGUACGAAGCGUUCGAGUUCUUUAUGGCUACAGUGCAAGCGUACAAGGCGAUGAACCCGUUGCUGGGCGAGUUGAAGUCGGACUCGAUCCGCGAACGGCACUGGAAGCAGAUUUUGCGGCUGCUGCAGGUGACAUCGUCGUUCACGGAGCUCAGUUUGCGCCACCUGUGGGACGCCAAGCUACUGACAGUGCACGAUGCAUCGGUCAAGGACAUCAUCCGGACCGCGCAAGGCGAGAUGGCGCUGGAUGAGUUUGUGCGGCAAGUGUCGGAGCACUGGACGACGUUUGCAUUGGAUUUGGUCAACUACCAGAAUCGGUGCCGAAUCAUCAAGGGAUGGGAUGACAUGUUUGCAAAGCUGGACGAGCACUUGAACAGUUUGCAAAGCAUGAAGCAGAGUCCAUAUUACAGAGUGUUUGCCGAACAAGCCGAGAGCUGGGAAGACCGACUGACCAAAGUACAGUCUAUAUUCGACUACUGGAUCGACGUCCAGCGGCGGUGGGUGUACCUCGAAGGCAUCUUCUUUGGGUCGGCCGACAUCAAGCAGCAACUGCCCAAGGAGUACACGCGAUUCCAGAGCGUGGACAAUGAAUUCGUGUCGACGAUGAAGCGCGUGAGCCAUAAACCGCUCAUUUUGGACGUUGCUGGCAUCCCCAACCUGUACCAGUCCCUCGAACGCCAGCAAGACAUGAUGGGCAGCAUCCAGCGCGCUCUCGGCGACUACUUGGAGCGCCAGCGCGCGGCUUUCCCCCGCUUUUACUUUGUUGGGGACGAAGAUCUGCUGGAAAUGAUCGGCAACAGCAAAGAACCCAAGCAGAUCCAGCGCCACCUGAGCAAAAUGUUUGCCGGGAUUGCGUCGUUCGACAUGUCGGAUGUGGCCAACCCCAACUUGAUCACUGGACUCGUGUCCAGGGAAGGAGAACUCGUGCGGCUCCGCGACCCCGUCGACCCCCACGCGCAUGACGCGCGCAUCAACGUGUGGCUGGCGCUAGUCGAAGCCCAAAUGCGCACGACAUUGGCGGCGCUGUUGGAGGACGCCGUGGCGCAGAUGGCCGACGCCGGCGUCAACUACAUUGACUGGAUCGAGCUGUUUCCGGCGCAGAUUGUACUGCUCGCGACGCAAAUCCAGUGGACGGUGCAGAUGGAAUCAGUGCUCAAAGCCAACUCGUCCGACUUUUCUGGCGUCACGGCCCACGUCGAGCGAGGACUUCACAUUUUGAGCGAAAAGGUGCUGUUCGAUUUGCCCCACGAGACCCGGAAAAAGUACGAGCAGGUCAUCACCGAGUUGGUCCACCAGCGCGACGUGAGCCGCCGCCUCUCAAAAGCCCCCACGCUGUCAGGGCCACACGAUUUUCAAUGGCUGUACCAUAUGCGCCACUACAUGUACCCUGACCAAGUGGAUCCGGUGCAAAAGCUGCGCAUUUGCGUGGCCAACGCGCAGUUCUCGUACGGAUUCGAGUACUUGGGCGUGGGCGAGCGACUGGUACAUACCCCCCUAACCGAGCGCUGCUACCUAACGCUAACCCAAGCACUGCACUUUGGCAUGGGCGGCAACCCGUUUGGCCCGGCCGGAACUGGCAAGACCGAGAGCGUCAAGGCUCUGGGCAUGACACUCGGCCGGUUUGUGCUCGUGUUCAACUGCGACGAGAACUUUGACUUUCAAGCGAUGGGGCGGAUCUUUGUCGGGCUGUGCCAAGUCGGCGCUUGGGGCUGCUUUGACGAGUUCAACCGACUCGAAGAGCGAGUGUUGUCGGCUGUAUCGCAGCAGAUUCUGACGAUUCAAGCUGGGCUGUCGACUCAGAAGAAGCAACAUACAGACGGGGCGAAAACAACUCGGAUCGAACUCGUGGGCAAGUCGGUGCUGUUGCAUCCAGACGUGGGCAUCUUUGUGACCAUGAACCCAGGGUACGCUGGCCGAUCCAACCUCCCCGACAACCUCAAGCAGCUGUUCCGGAGCAUCGCCAUGGUCGCCCCCGACCGAGAACUCAUUGCACAAGUGAUGCUCUUCGCCCAGGGUAUCACCACGGCCGAGUUUAUGGCCACCAAAGUCGUGCUCUUGUUCAACUUGUGCCAUGAUCAGCUAUCCAAGCAACCACACUACGACUUUGGCCUCCGCGCACUCAAGAGCGUGCUGGUCAGCGCCGGACAUGUCAAGCGCACCCUCACGGCGGCGGCCACAUCGACGUCAUUGACGACGAUCGAAGCCGAGGCGCUGAUCCGGUCCAUCUGCGACACGGUUGUGCCCAAACUGGUGGCGUCGGACGUGUCUAUCUUUGAAACGCUGCUGCGAGGCGUGUUCCCGGGCACGGAUUUGCACCCAGUGAAUGAACCGGCGCUGCGAGCCAAGAUCGUCGAGGUGGCGACGCGUCGCCAGUUUGUCCCACAUGACAAGUGGGUGGAAAAGGCGCUGCAACUGUACCAAGUGAUGCAGCUUCGGCACGGCGUGAUGCUCGUGGGACAAACCGGAAUGGGCAAAACCAGUGCAUGGACAGUCCUCCUCGACGCCCUCGAGCUCGUGGACGGCAAAAAGGGCGACGCGUACGUGAUCGACCCCAAGGCGAUCUCCAAGGACCAUCUAUAUGGCACCCUCGACAACACGACACUUGAGUGGAGUGACGGAAUCUUCACGCAUGUGCUGCGCCAGGUGCUAAACAACGUGCGCGGGGAGAGCGACAAGCGGCACUGGAUCGUGUUUGACGGAGACGUGGACCCGGAAUGGGCCGAGAACUUGAACUCGGUGCUGGACGACAAUAGGCUUCUCACGCUACCAUCCGGCGAACGGCUCGAGAUUCCGCCCAAUGUGUGGAUUAUCAUGGAGACUGAAACACUCCAGUAUGCCACGCUUGCAACCGUCAGUCGAUGCGGAAUGGUCUGGUUCGCACACGAUACAGUCGAGACUUGCCACUUGAUUGACCAUUUAGUCGGCAAAAUCGCGCGGGAUACCUCCCUUCGGUCGUUUUACUCUAUGCAAGACGACGAGUGGGCCACGUUUCAGGCUGCGCAAGCCACGUACUUGGACUUGGUGCGGGGGGUACUAUCAUCGUCAUCGGGGCUGGUCACAACCUGCCUCGAUUUUGCCCUGAGCCUGCCGCACAUUAUGCAAGUGGACCGGCUCCGGUUACUCGUGUCCAUGUUUUCGCUCGUGUCCAAGGGAUUGGUGCACAUUGCCGAGUACACCGAAGUGCACACGGACUUUAGCAUGUCUGGGCCCCAUCUGCAAGCAUUUGCGUUGAAAUGGCUCGUGUUUUCCAUCUUGUGGGGCUUUGGCGGGUCGCUGGAUAACCCGAAUCGCGUGAAACUGGCCCAGUUUCUCACUAGUAUCAACACAACGAUCCCGCUACCGACGCUACCAACAGACACUACUUUGCUCGACUUUGAAGUCCAAGUGAAAGACGGAGAGUGGAAGCUGUGGAGCUACUCGGUGCCGACAAUCGACCUCGACAGCCACCGCGUCCUCUCCACGGACGUGGUCGUAGCCACCGUCGACACGAUCCGCCAUGUCGAAGUGCUCCGAGGGUGGCUGCACCAGCACCGCCCGCUCAUCUUGUGCGGCCCCCCCGGCAGCGGCAAGACCAUGACACUCACGUCCACACUCAACUCGUUGCCCGAGUUUGAGCUCGCGAGUCUGAACUUUUCGUCGGGCACGACCCCCGACCUGAUCCUGAAGACGUUUGGCCAGUACUGCGUGUACAAGAAGACGCCUCAGGGCACCGUGCUGGCCCCGCACACCCCCGGCAAGUGGCUCGUGGUCUUUUGCGACGAAAUCAACCUCCCCCAGGCCGACAAGUACGGCACUCAGCGCGUUAUCACGUUUCUACGGCAACUGGUUGAGCAGGGUGGGUUCUGGAAGGAUAAGCUAUGGGUACACCUCGAGCGCAUCCAGUUUGUGGGCGCGUGCAACCCACCCACCGACCCGGGGCGCGUCCCGCUGUCGUCGCGCUUUCUCCGGCACGCGCCAGUGCUAUUUGUCGACUUUCCAGCGUACUCGUCGCUCAAGCAGAUCUACGGCACGUUCAACCGCGCACUGCUCAAGCUCACGCCGUCGCUCAAGGCGUACCACCAACCGUUAACCGAUGCCAUGGUUGAAGUGUACAUGCGAAACCAGACCCAGUUCACGGCCGAAGCGCAGCCGCACUAUAUCUACAGCCCCCGCGAGCUCUCAAGGUGGACGCGCGCGCUUUACGAAGCGAUCGAGCCGCUCGAGUUUGAGAUGGACAUUAGCACGCUGGUCAAGCUCGUGUUUCACGAAAGCCUGCGCUUGUUCAUGGACCGACUCGUGACUCCAGCAGACCAAGCGUGGUGCGCUCAGACGUCCAAGGAUGUCCUCUGCCACCACUUUGCCGGCGCAUCGGCUAGUAUGGCGCUACUCGAGAAGGAUCAUCAUCCCAUCUUGUUUACGACGUGGCUGAGCAAGUUUUAUGCCCAAGCGACGACCCACGACCUCCGCAAACACAUUGAAGCGCGGCUGCGUGUGUUUUACGAAGAAGAGCUAAACGUGCCGCUAGUCGUGUUUGACUCGGUGAUUGACCACGUGCUGCGCAUCGACCGCGUCCUGCGGCAACCGCUGGGUCAUUUGCUGCUCGUGGGCGAAAGCGGCGCCGGGAAGACGGUGCUGUCGAGAUUUGUGAGCUGGAUGAACGGCAUGAGUGUGUUUCAGAUCAAGCUCACGACCCACUACACAUUGGCCAACUUUGACGACGACUUGCGCAUCGUGCUCAAGCGAUGCGGGUGCGACGGAGAAAGGAUCUGCUUUAUAUUUGACGAGUCGAAUGCGCUGGACGCGGCGUUCCUGGAGCGGAUGAACGCGCUGCUGGCGUCGGGCGAAGUCCCGGGACUGUUUGAAGACGAAGAGCAUGUGGCACUCAUGCACGCGUGCCGCGAAGCUGUCCGCCGCGACAACAUCACGUCGGUGGACAGCACAGACGACGACGACUUGUUCAAGUACUUUACGAGCCAAGUGCAGCGCAACCUCCACGUUGUGUUUACGAUGAACCCCGCGAGUGGCGACUUUCAAAGCCGAUCCAAGACGAGCCCCGCGCUGUUUAAUCGAUGUGUUGUCGACUGGUUUGGCACGUGGUCCGAUCACGCGCUUGCCCAAGUUGCGCACGAGUUUACGACAGCAUUGGAUCUGGGCCACCAGGAACAGACGUACGACAUGGACGACAUGGGCGAAGGAUGGGCGGCGAUUGGCGGGUCGGCCUUUCACAAGGCGAUCGUCGCCAGUGUCGUGCAGUUUCACCACGCGGUGCUGCACACGAUGCAACGACUGGCCAAGCGCCACGCCAAGCACAACCACAUCUCACCCCGCGACUACCUCGAGUUUAUCCGGCACUUUGUGACACUGUACGGGACCAAGCGCGCCCAGUUGGAGGACCAGCAGCUGCACUUGAACGUGGGAGUGGACAAGUUGGUUGCCACGCACAACCAAGUGGCGGAUCUGCAGCUCCAACUCAGUGCCAAAGACCGCGAACUGCGUGAAAAGGACGCCCAAGCGAACGAAAAGCUGCAGCUCAUGGUCGUCGAGCAGAACGAAGCGCAGCUCAAGAAGAAGAACACGGAGGUCCUGGCCGCCGAUUUAGCCCUCCAGGACGACGAAAUCAGCAAGCGGAAGCUCGUAGUGGAGAAGGAUCUGAGCGAGGCCGAGCCGGCGCUGCUGGAGGCGCAGUCGAGUGUGAAUUCGAUCCGGAAGGCGCAGCUGGACGAACUUCGCGCGCUCGCGCGUCCCCCGAACGCCGUGCGCCUAACGUUGGAAGCCGUGGCCAUCAUGUUGGGCGAAAGCAGCUUGGACUGGACCGACUUGCGCAAGUUUAUCCGCAAAGAUGACUUUAUUGCAUCGGUGGUGCACUUUGACUCGGACAAGCUCACGGCCAAGCAGCGCCAGACGAUUCAAAAGGACUACAUGAGCAAAGGCGACGAAUUUGAUUAUGAAAAGGUCCAGCGCGCGUCGAAAGCAUGCGGUCCGCUGUUCAAGUGGGUCGUGUCCCAGCUCAAUUACACGGAGAUUUUGCACAAGAUUCAACCGCUGCGGCAUGAAGUGAGGACGUUGGAGGACCAGAGCGCGGGAUUGCGCGUCGAGUUGCAGGAGGCGACCGCGACGAUUCAACUGCUGGAGCAGCGCAUUCAAAACUACAAGCAAGAAUAUGCGGCGCUCAUUAGCCAAGCCCAAGUCAUCAGCGCUGACAUGGCGUCGGUCAAGAAAAAAGUGGAGCGAUCCGUGUCGUUGCUGAGCAACUUGGUCGUGGAGCGCGAACGCUGGGAAAAUGGGUCCAAGCAGUUUGAAUCGCAGAUGGAAACGCUGGUGGGAGACACGCUCGUGAGCGCGGGGUUCCUCACGUACUUGGGGUUUCUGGACCACCAACAGCGCCAGCUUUUGGUCCAGGAUUGGCGCGAUAUCCUGCACACGAUGCACAUCCCAAGCACCCCCGGACUCAGCUUUAUCGAGUACCUAUCGCCGCCGUCGCAGCGCCUCGCGUGGACCGCCGCGGACCUCCCAUCCGACUCGCUGUGCGUCGAAAACGCGAUCAUCCUGACGCGAUUCCACCGGUUUCCGCUCAUCAUCGACCCGUCCGGCCAAGCAGCGCGGUUCAUGGUCAACUACUUUAGCCACCAGUCGUCGACAAUCACGCAGACUUCGUUCCUCGACUCGUCUUUUAUGAAGAUCUUGGGCAGCGCGAUCCGGUUUGGCACGGCGCUGCUGGUGCACGACGUCGACACGAUCGACCCGAUCUUGAACCCCGUGCUCAACCGGGAGCUGUACAAGACGGGCGGCCGCGUACUGAUCCGGCUGGCGGGGGAAGAGAUCGACUACUCGCCCGAGUUUCGGCUGUUUCUGCUCACGCGGGACCCGUCAUGCCGGUUCUCGCCUGACAUUUGCUCGCGCGUGACAUUUGUCAACUUUACCGUGACCCCGAGCUCCCUCGAGAGCCAAAGCUUGGCGUUAUUGCUCAAGAGCGAAGAGCCAGACGUCGACGCCAAGCGGUCGUCGCUGCUCAAGCUCCAAGGCGAGUACUUUGCCAAGCUCCGCGACCUCGAAGACGCCCUCUUGCACCAGAUCAACGGCGUCCAGGGCAACAUCCUAGACGACGACCGCGUGAUUGUAGCGCUGGAAACCAUGAAAGCCGAGAGCGCCGACAUCUCCCAGCACGUCCACGACACGCAAGUGAUCAUGGACACGAUCGAGCAGGCCACGGCGCGCUUUCAGCCGCUCGCUCGGGCCUGCACGCAGCUCUUCUUUACGCUGGAAACCCUCGGCCAAGUUCACUUUUUGUACCAGUACUCGCUCCCGUACUUCCUCGGUAUUUUGACCGACGUGCUGCGGGCGACUCAAACGACCACGACCAAGCCCCGCCUCGACGAUAUAGCGCAUCGCCUGUUUACCCAUAUUGCCCGCCGCGUGUCCAAGGGGAUGCUCCAGCAAGAUAAGCUCAUGUUUGGGCUACGCUUGGCGCACAUUUACGUGGAAUUGUACGACGGGUUGCCGUCUGAAGCCGAGAUGGACGUGUUCUAUCACCGGUCGAUGCUCGCCCCGACCACAACGUUGCCGGCGCUGGCCAUUCCGACCGACACGGCGGAUCGACUGGCGCGCCUCGCGUCCCCGUCGUCGCCGUUUGCCGCGGCGUUGGCGGCCCAUGUCGAGUUGAACCAACCUGAAUGGGAAGCAUUCUUGACCCACGCUGCGCCCGAACUUCACGUGCCCGCGGCACUCUGGGGCGACGCCAAGUCCGCGUUCCGAGACCUCUGCCUCGUGUCGACGACCCGCCCCGACCGGCUGCCGUUUGCCGCGGAAAAGUACAUUUACCAUGUCUUCAACGACCCAUCAUUCCCAUGGCGCGGCGAUGUCGAGUUCCGCAUCCAAGUGGAGCAAGAAACCGAUAGCUCCCGGGGCAUCUUGCUGUGCUCGACGUCUGGCUUUGACGCGAGCGGUCGCGUCGAUGAGCUCGCGGAUGCGCUGCACAAGAAGCUGUCGUCGGUGGCGAUGGGGUCGGCCGAGGGCUUUGACGCCGCCGACAAGGCGCUGAAUACCGCCAUCAAGCACGGCCAUUGGCUACUGCUCCGCAACGUCCAUCUGUGCCCGUCGUGGCUGGUUACCGUGGAAAAGAAGCUCUACAGCGUCCGCGAGUCGGCACACAAGGAUUUUCGGCUGUUUCUGACCAGCGAAAUCCACCCCCAUCUGCCCGUCAACUUGGUGCGUUUGUGCGACGUGUUUGUGUUUGAACCACCCAGUGGCGUCAAAGCCAGCAUGCAGCGGUCACUCGAAGACGUCCCCGCCGACCGCAUCAACCAGAGCCCCACCGAGCGCGGCCGCCUCUUCCUCGUCCUCGCGUGGUUUCAUGCGAUCGUUCAAGAGCGUCUGCGAUACGUUCCGAUUGGCUGGUCCAAAGCGUACGAGUUUUCGCAGAGUGAUUUUAAAGGUGCGUGUGACGUGGUGGAUUACUGGGUCGACAGCGUCGGCGGCGACCGUCGCGCGCACAUUUCGCCCGACGCGAUCCCAUGGACUGCCAUCAAAGUGAUCUUGAAAGAGUCGCUGUAUGGCGGCCGCGUAGACAACUCGUACGACCAGCAACUCAUGGACACGUUGCUGGACAACGUAUUCAAUGCACAUACGUACGAGACCAACUACCCCCUCGUCCAUCCAUCCUCGUCCAACCAAGAUGCUGACGAUGGUGUUGUGAUCCCGUCGGGGAAGACCAAGGAACAGUUUACCGACUGGAUUGCGAGUCUCCCCAACUCGAACCCGCCAUCGUGGCUGGGUCUACCGUCCUCUGUGGAAACCAUGCUCGUGAUCAACCAAGGCCACCGCACCCUGCGCCAUUUGCAGCUGCUGCAAGAUGGACUCGACAGUGUCGCAGAUGAUAUCGACGAGAAUGGAGAUGAGACGACGACGUUGUUUGCCGGGGGGGGCGCGGCGGCGGCGUGGAUCCAGGCGCUGCAUCGCAAAGUAACGACAUGGCUCGCCCAGUUGCCUCGGUCGUCUGCCAUUCUCGUCAAGACCGACGACGACGCUGCGUUUGCCAACCCCGUGUACCGUUGCUUGCAUCGAGAAGUCGAGUUGGCCAACAAGUUGCUGGCCAACGUCACGUCGCUGCUCGAGUACAUUGACGGCGUGUGCAGCAACGCGUUGAAACCCACGAGCGCCGUGCGCGAUGCCAUGCGCUCGCUGCAUCAGGACCAGCUUCCGUCCGACUGGCGGACCUCGUACGCCAUUCCCCCCCACAUUUCGCUGCACGAAUGGCUCGCCGACUUUUCCAAGCGCGUGGCCCAGCUCGGCCACUUGAUGUCGCUGCCGUUGGCUGACGUACUGUCCCAACGUAUAUGGAUCGGCGGGCUGUUUGCACCCGAAGCAUUCAUCACGGCUACCCGCCAAGUCGUUUCGCUCGAUUUGCACUGCGCGCUGGACGAGUUGGAGCUCGUGGCGUCGGUUCACAACGAGGCCAACCACGAUAGCGGCGGCGGGUUUAACGUGUCGGGGUUCCAUAUCCAGGGCAUCCAGUGGACGCAAAGCGGCGGGUUUGCCGCCACAGACGCCCUCGAGUCGCCCCUAGACACGCUCUACUUGAGCUGGCGCGUAGCUCUUGACGACGUUCCGACGUUGCGCAAACUGCCCGUGUACUUGAACGCGCAGCGUCUCGUGAUGCUGUUUGAAGUGGCCGUGGACGUUCCGCCCUCGACACUCUUGAGUGACCACAUAUGGGCCGAACGAGCGGUCGCACUCACAGCGUGGAAGCUCUAACAUCCACUUCAAGUACUUUGAAGUAGUUGCUUCUGGACAUGGUAGAUAUAUAUAUAUAUUCCAUUCUGGCAGCAAUGAUAUAUUAUUGGCCUUUACACUGUUAACGUUGGACGACUGGGCCAAACUAUAUAGUUAGAUUAUUUCCUGGUACUAUAACGUUUACUAC